GAUUGGCCACGAGAACUGAGGCGCACUGGCUCGGCUCUGUGGUCACACGGGUGGAUUCCCGCGGGUGGCGGGUUAGAUCACGUGACGCGCGCAAGAUGGCGGCUCCCGGGGACGGUGCCGAUCUGGAAGCCUCACUGCUGAGUUUUGAGAAGCUUGACCGGGCUUCUCCGGAUCUGUGGCCUGAGCAGUUGCCCGGCGUCGCCGAGUUCGCCGCCUCCUUCAAAAGCCCUAUUACAAACUCACCUCCCAAAUGGAUGGCUGAACUGGAAAAUGAUGAUAUCGAUAUGUUAAAGGAGCUGGGAAGUCUCACUAUAGCUAACCUGAUGGAGAAGGUUCGUGGCCUGCAGAACUUGGCUUAUCAGCUGGGACUGGAUGAAUGUCUCUCUUGGGAGAGGAGCGCGCUUUGCUACCAGUGUCAGAGAAACGUUCGCUUUGAUUUGCAUUAACUUGCUAGGAGAUUGGGUUGCAAUGGCAUUGAUGUCUCUGCUUGCUGCAGAAGGAGGUAUAUACUAUCAGAGUUGGCAAAGGAGAAAAUCCUGGAACUCUCUUAAAUGUGUCAGAAGUUCAAACUCCUGUAAUUUCUCUCUGCAGUUAUUUCGUUUGCCUGUUGUUGACACUUUUAUCAGUAUGUUCUCUGCAUGCUAUGUAUGCAGAAUCAUUUGUUAAUUAUAUAUUUCAGGUUGGAUUAUUUGUCUAUGAUUUUUAGUGUACUAAAAAGUUCAGUAAAUGUUUUCUUUCCAUGGCAUUUUUAAAUAAUUAAAGUAACUGUGAAAGUCAAACUUUCAUCAAAAGCCCUGGAUGCAGCUUAUUGAAGUUUUUCUAAGUCGUUUGGGCAUCUUUUGUGGAAGGAACGUAAUAAUACACAACAUAAACUCUAUGACUGUGUAGAUAAUUUUUAAAUGUACAUAGAUGACAUCUUAGCAUUCCCAAUGCUCUUACAUCUGCCAUUGCUUGUUUGUUAAUUCUGAAGACUAAUGGUAGAAAUACUGGAAGGUGAUUUUUCAAGUGUUAGACAACGUCUGUCUGGGUCUAGUAACUGGGUUUCCAAAGUUCUGUGUAAGGAUCACAUGCUAAGUACUUGGCACAUAUCCAUAAUAUUAAAACUACUGUUGAUCGUAAUGAGUGGUGACCAAUGCAACAGCAAUUGUCAGUAAAAACUGAAUAGUGAGACACUUUGUAUCUGAUCUUAUUGAGAUGUCUGCCUUUUUUUCCUCAUUCUUUCCUCUUAUUUACAUCUCCAGUUCUAGUUUGUAGAUGUGAAAGGUACUUUGUGCUGCUUGCCUUAAAAAUUAAUAAAUAAUACUUUAAGUUGUACCUUGGCAUUCCUUCCUAAAUAAUUGAACA